CGCGCGAGCUCUUCCUCUUCUCUUCUUUUUUUUAAUCGUAUAUACAGGAGAAAGUAGUUUCUGUGGGGGCGAUUGGUUCCGGUGCCCGAAAUCAAGAGCCCGGAGCUGGGUUGCUUCGGCCCGAUAAUAUAUUGUGUUGAUAAGAGGGGAUCGCACUGCUCGGUAGAUUGGGGAUUUCUCGAGGGAAUUGGUUGGGGGAGAUGAGUUCGCGAACAGUGUGCAAUGUGAGUGAAUCCUGAGAGGACAGGGAAUUAGUUUGGUGUUGCGCCGCGAACCACAACGACUUGUGAUAGGGUGGAAUAGAAUCUUGUUCUUCUAAUGGAAAGUAUGGAAUUGGGACCUAUUCGAGUAUUCUUAUGAGGAACUAUUCUUCUGAGAAUCUCGACUCCUAAUCUCUACCUUCCCCGUCUAGAAGAUCUGCCAGUGCUGCCCCGUCUCCAAGAAGGAUUUGGAGGAUGACAGAAGCUGCAGUUACAAGGUACUGGUGCCAUGGAUGUGUGAGGGUUGUUGAGGAGGCCAUGGGGGAGGAGAUCAAGUGCCCAUUUUGUGGUGGUGGAUUCAUUGAAGAGAUGAUUGGUGAGGAAUUUGAUGGGUUGGCCAGCCAGCAGUCAGAGCGGGAUUCAUCACAAUGGGGAGCGUCGAACAACCCCUUUGAGCAGCCAAGGGCGGAGGCGGACAGUGAGGAUGAAGAAGAUGAUGAUGAUUACGAUGAUGAUAUAGGCCGUGCAUUUGAGAGUUUCAUCAGGAGGCAUGGGCGGCCAUCAGCUCUCCGUCGGGCGUUUGACAGCAUCCAGGACGACCUUAGAGCUGAUAGGGAUAGUGACUUCUCCAUUCUGAUCAAUGCCUUCAACCAAGCCCUCGCUUUGCAACGCUCAGUGCUUGAUGCUGAUGAGGCCCGAGAUGACCAAGGUGGAUCUAGCAAUGAUGAUGGCUUGAUGGAAGAAUAUGUCCUGGGGGCUGGGCUAACCCUGCUGCUUCAAUAUUUGACUGAGAAUGAUCCAAGCCAGUAUGGCACCCCUCCUGCAAACAAAGAGGCGGUUGACGCUCUGCCCACUGUCCAAAUAGCAGAGGCUGUCAGCUGUUCAGUCUGCCUUGAUGAUCUUGAGCUAGGGUCCCAGGCAAAGCAAAUGCCUUGUGAGCAUAAGUUCCACUCUCCUUGUAUACUGCCAUGGCUUGAACUCCAUAGCUCCUGCCCUGUGUGCCGGUUUGAGCUGCCAUCUGAAGAGACAGAAGAUUUGGAUGAGCCUAGCAAUGUGGACAGAACAGAGAACACCCAUGAGGAAGUCAGGGCCGAUGGCCCUGAAGAUGACAGUGAGAGCAGUAACAGAGCGUGGGCCCUUGUUCCUUGGUUCAGUGGGCUAUUCUCAACACCUGAACCACAAACUGUCAGAGGCGCUUUCACUGAUCAGCAGACUCGCUCCACUUCUGGAACCAACAUGAAUGCUGGCGAAAGCUGAUCUCUUCCUCCUUUGUGAAUAAUGCCCAUACAUCUGAGAAUAGCAAUGGACCUUGUCAGUAGAUAACUUAUUUUUCUGUACUGAUAAUCCUUCUUGGAUGAAUCGCAAGGUACAAAGUUUGUGACAGCUCCAUUUUUUGCCAGGAUUUUAGCGAUCAUUUCACUGUUGAUUGAUUUCAUAGCUACUGAGCAUCUCUGCA